GCCGGUAUUGUCUCCCCUUCUCUGGUAAAAAAUCAGGUUGGUGCUUGUCAUUGACUGUUCCUGCUAUUUGCUGUCUCUGUGAUUGCCGUGAUGGAAAGGCCUGGUGAGGCAGAUGGGGAGUUAAGAACAAUGGCUGGCCCAUGCGGAGGGCGGCAGUGACUGACUCCACAGGCACUGAGGGGCUAAAGAAUGCCUGGAGUCAAGCCAGAACCAUGGUGUCCACUGUUCCCGCCUACCCCCACCUGACCCACCUCAUCUCCCAUGGUACACUGGGGCAUGGGGACGACACCUUCAAAGACUGCCCUUUCAACGUCAGAUGGAAAGCAAUAUCCAAGGAGCAACAGCAGAGCAUUGGUGUGGAUUGUUUGCAGGAGGACUACCAGAUAGAGAGCAGUUGACCCCACCCAACCUAACCAGUAUCCAGCAUGGCCACAGCGAGUACCACAGGGCAAAGCAGGAGGAAGAAGGCCCCUGGCCUGAUGGAUCAGAUUGGAACAUUCUUUGGAGGAGACAAAAAGAAACGGAGCAAGGUUUUCACAUUGCCCUGGCCAACUCCUGCCAGCUUUCUGAAGGGGUCCUUUCGGAGUCAUGCCACCUCCCCUAAACCAGCCCCUAAACGUCGGGCUAAUGAGAAUGCCAUAGUGCAUUUCUUCAGGAGCUUGAGUGCGUCUUCAUCUCCUCGUCCUAAGUCCAGGUGGAGGGAGGUUUUGGGCUUGGCAACACCGCCACGUGCUGAUGCAACAAAGUCACCUUACAGACGCCGCAAAGAACAAGGAACUCUGUCCAAAAUCUUCAACCUGUGGUGAUAUCCUCAAUCAGAGACCAAGUCCCGCCCACCACCCAAACGCUGGAGCACCAUCUUCUGAGCUCUCUUGAGAGAAAACCUUUGAUCAAACAUAGACAAAGACGACCUCCAUCCAACAGACUAACAUCAACCCUCAACUAUGUUAACACACUAAUAUCAGCCAGUCUCUUUUAUUUAUAGUUAGUGAAACAAUCUUGGCACCUAAUAUUUAGCCUGCUGCGAUCCCUAUAUGCACUAAUCGGGGGUGGGAGCUGUCGAAGUUUGUUGACGUUAGCUUUAAAUGAAAGAUUUCCUUUAGAUUUUUUUAAUGGCUUUCAGAGUUUUGGGAAUGCUACCAAAAUAUUUGACUGUAACAUAUGUAUCAAUUGGCUAUUCUCCUUAUCCUAGCACCCCGUUUUGGUGACACUAGUGUCUGCUAUCAAUUGUUUUUGAUCAUGUUGUGUGUUUUUUAUUUGUCUCUGUCUGCAGUCUGCACAUGGAUGACUCAUUCUUAUACAUAAAGAAUGAGGCUUUAUAAUGCCAUUAAAGUCUUUCAGGUUGCCUAGGUACCCAGACAGUUAACAUGACAACCUUCUUGAUCCUUAAAUAAAUGUAAACACAUUUGGGCAGUCUGAUUGAUCCCAGAGCAACUGUGUUUUGUUUUGUAUGUCAACAUCAGUGUUGGGGAAGUUAAUGAAAAAGAUACUUCAGCAAGCUACCAAUCACUUCACGUUAGAAGUUAGGCUACACUAAAGCUAACUUUAUACACAUCAAAAAAAUAGUUUACUCAGUUGAAGCUACUUUGAAAAGUAGAUGACUACAUCCAAACAACUUUGUGAAAUGUAUAUUAUGUAAAUCUUAAACAGAAUAGACAUUGUUUCAAGUGAAAAUAAGACUGGUCUGGUGCUGAAAAUAAGCAAUGUCUGUAUAGCUUGCCUUUUUGCAACAAGCUACAUUGCUAAAUGGCAACUACUGUAAACACUCAGAUAGUUUAACUACCACCAAGCUACUACAAUAUGUAGUUAAAUAACCAACAAUGUAAUCACUGCUCCCCAACACUGGUCGCUAUUUAUGUUCAAUAUAGUUUAAGAAAUUGUCUGUUGGUCUAGUUAUGCAUGAAAUUGUCAAAGUUGUCUUGUGAAAAGUGCAGAAUGUUGUCAUGAAUGCAGAUCAUUUGCAUAAAACAUUUAAUGGGACUGCCUGUAAAUAUAAUAAUCUAACAUGAUGUAAUAUUAUAGUAGAAAAACUAUUACAUUUCAUUAGUUAAGUAAUAUUUCACAAGUCAUGUUUAAUUUAAGAACUUUAUAAACGUUCUGUGGUGUUAUGGUGUCCAAGAUCAUCAGAACAUAGGAGAAAUGCCCUUCAAACCUGCACUGUUAGAAGUCUGCAACCUCCAUAUAUUUUCAAAACAAGAUUUAACAUAACAUGUUCUGUCAGAUUUUUAUUUGAAUGCUUUUCAUUUAUAUCUGAAAGUGAUUAGUUGGAUGUUAGCUUUAAGAGUAAAAGUGAUGGGAACAUGGGAAGUUGUGUCAAGGCCUGAGAAAUCUGCAAUGUAACAGAUGGUGAGAGAUGAGAGUACUAUUUUUCAAUUGAGUUACUUUUGGCUUGGUUAAUUUGUCACUGUGUGCACACUGUCUGCUGAAUGUAAUUGAGUGUUGAAUAAAAAAACAUUAGGAUUAAAAUUUCACAAACGUUUCUGAAGGUGCUGAAUAAUACAGUGGGUGCUAAAAUUAUAGAGAUUAACUGAAAACCAAACUUGUGACUUUCUUAUGAAAUGUUCUUUUGAACAAAACUUCAAAUUAAUAAAAUGUUUUCAACAGCUAA